AACCCCUCACUAGGUUCACCUGCAACUUGGCCAUCUGCUUGAUUGGAAUUGGUCACUGGCAGGGACAAUGGUGGUGCUGCUGGCACUGCUGGAAGAAGGGUGGUCUGCAUCGCAGGCAUGUAUUGCACCCCUGCCAGCAUACUCGGGUAGCCACAUGCUCCACCGCUGCAUUGAGAUCGGUUGGCCGAUGAAUCUUCACAUGAAAGCUGAUUUCGUAUGGCAAGCCAUUGAGGUAACACCUCACUUGAUCUUCUGCAAGAGGCGCAGGGUUCUUUCGCUGCAGGAGAGCUCAAUAUCUGCAGGUGUAAUCCUCUCCCGGGAGCAAAUGGAUCAAAUUGAGCUCCUCCGUGAUUCUGGUGCUGAACCCAAAUGGUCAGAACUGAGUCAAAAAGGCCCUCUUCAUUGCAUCCCAGGUCACAAAUGCCAGUGCCACACCUGACGUCACCUGUGCAUACCAAUCCAUGGCUGGUCUGGAGAGUGUUGUUGGAAACCAUCUCAGCAGCAGUGCGUCUGCUUGUUCUUGAUUUGCCGUGCUCACUACUUCAAAGGCUGUGAUGUGAGAGUCUAGAUUGCUCAGGUU